AUGAAGCGCAAGACCGAAGGAAGAGAAUCCUUGGGUGGCAGUGGACAGCCGGAUUCUAAGAGACGGGCAUUGACGAGCGAAGAAGCCGCUGCGCGCUUCCGCGAUGGCCUCUUUGAACCCUCGGAGCAGCAGAAGUAUACCGAUCAAUACGCCGAGUCCGCACCGUACAAGCAUGGAGUCAUCCAUCCCCUAAUCGAGCCUUCCUUGCUACGCGCGGUCCGCAACGAAAUCCAAGAGAACUUGGACUUCACCGAGAAAGAGACGGAUAUUUACAAGAUCUUUCAGUCCGGAGAUCUGGCGAACCUGGACGGGCUGGACGAUGCAUCUCUGUCGCGACUCCCCUCCCUGCUGAAGCUCCGUGAUGCCAUGUACUCCGCCCGCUUUCGUGAGUACCUGUCGUCCGUGACUGGCUCGGGCAAGCUGAGUGGUCGCAAGACCGAUAUGGCUAUCAACAUCUACAACGAGGGAUGCCACCUUCUGUGCCAUGACGAUGUCAUUGGAAGCAGACGUGUCAGCUACAUCUUGUAUCUGACUGAUCCGGACACCCCCUGGCAGGCGGAAUGGGGUGGUGCACUGCGCCUGUACCCCACGACCACGAAGAAGGAUGCACAGGGCGAAGACGUCAAGAUCCCCAGCCCCGACUUCAGUCUCAGCAUCCCGCCCGCCUUCAACCAGCUGAGCUUCUUCACCGUUCAGCCUGGUGAGAGUUUCCAUGACGUCGAGGAGGUUUACCAUUUCAAAGAGGGUGAGGACAGGUCAAAGAAGCGGGUGCGCAUGGCCAUCAGUGGAUGGUUCCAUAUUCCUCAGAAGGGAGAAGACGGCUAUGAGGAGGGCCUAGAGGAGAAGCUUGCCGAGCGGAGCAGUCUCGCUCAGCUUCAGGGACGCGGUGACAUCUACGACCUCCCCCAGCCCAAGCCGGUCGUGUGCGAGAAUGAGUCGCAGGAGGUUGAGGGCAAGGGCAAGGGCAAGGUGGAGGAGCAACCCAACGACACCGAAUUUACUGAGGAUGAUCUCAAUUUCUUGAUCCAGUACAUCGCACCAUCCUAUCUCACCCCAGACAUCGCGGAGGAGAUGUCGGAGACCUUCACCAACGAGUCAUCGCUCAACUUGGAACAGUUCCUGUCAGAGAAAUUCUCUGCCCGCGUGCGGGAAUAUAUCGAGGAGCAGGAGAAGAAGACCCUUCCCCAAUCAUCAGAUGAGAUCCAGGCACAGACGGGAUGGACUGUCGCCCGUCCCCCUCACAAGCAGCGCUACAUGUUCCUGCAGCAUUCGACGGCUGCACAGGACGAGAAGACCCCCUUUCAGGAGUUGCUCAACGACGUCUUUCCCUCCCCCGCAUUCCGCAAAUGGCUCGCCGCCAUUACCGGCGCGGAGCGCCUUACAAGCUACGACUUUAUGGCACGCCGCUUCCGCCGCGGACAGGACUACACUCUAGCCAGCGGCUACGACGGGGAAGAACCUCGAUUGGAGUUUACGCUCUCCUUGACCCCUACGCCAGGAUGGGAGAAGGAGGCUGACGAGGAAGAGGAGGAGGAAGAUGAUGAAGAGGGCGAGAACGGCGAGUCCGAGAAAAAGCCGAAGGCCGAUCCCAAGGAGAAGGAGCCUAUGAGCGACGCUGAGGAACCCGCCGUGGGUGGUUAUGAGAUCUACAUGGCUGGGGACGACGAAGAGGAGGGUGACGCAGCCAUCUACCGCUCUGCCGCCGCGGAUGAAGAUGACGGCAUCCUAUUCAGCACUGCUGCUGGCUGGAACCGACUUAGUAUUGUUCUGCGCGACAGCGGCACCCUCAAGUUUGUCAAGUACGUCAGCGCUGCCGCCAAGGGAGACCGGUGGGAUAUCACCGGCGAGAUGGGUGUGGAGUUUAAUGAUGAUGACGAAGACGAGGAUGAGGACGAUGAGAUGGAAGCUGACGAGGAAUAA